AUGUUUGAUGCAUUCUUACCCAACAGCUCCCAGGAGUCUUUUCACUCGUUGGCAGAGCAUCCUUCACCGAGCUCACCUACCGAUGUCCCUGCGAACCACGACUCAACCACUCCUCAAUCCUCUUCACAGUCCCAAUUGUCUGCCCUUCGGGCGGCUGGACUACCGAUCCAUGAUGCUGAUGCCUAUCUCGCAGCUCCUGAGAACGCGGCGCUCUUACGCCGCGCUCCUGAUCGAAAGAAUGCACUCAUCGAGCAGCCCAAGCCAGAGGUAGACCCCGCGGAGCCUGUCUCAUUGGGGUCCAAGUCCAGCCACCAUGUGACUGCCCUAAAUUUGCUAUGCCAACAAAAAGGACUUGUGCCCGACUAUCAGAUCGAUGGAGACGCUUCGAUUGCCGAUUUCGGGGGCUUACUGAAGAUUGAAGACGUGACCGUUGUCAGUAACGAGCGUUGGCACAGCAAGAAGGAGGUGAGGGAGGCACUCGCGGAGAAGGGGUUUGAAAUUGUAAAGGGUAUGGAGGCUAAGAGGAAGGAACCGGGCACACCUAGCCAGAAGGACAAGAACUGGAUUGGCACGUUGGUUGAAUACCACCAACUCAUCGAUCCAAAGCAAGGGCCCGUCUAUCUCGACUACUCUCUAGGAUCCUCAUACAGCUCUACCUGUACCAUUCCCUGUCGUCCAGACCAACCCUUCGGUUCCUCGGCCGCAGCAUUUCCGUCAAAGAAGGCAGCACGUGCGAAUGCUGCAAGACUUGCAGUUGAGUAUUUGAUCAAAGAGGGCCAGCUCAAUCCGAAUGGCAGCACAAAAGCCCGGAAGAAGAUCAAGCUCGGUGCAGCUGUUACAAUCAAGGGCAGGGGUCUAGUGGUGAAGAGAGGAUCAACAUACACCCAGAAAGUGAAUGAUGCUUACAGCCUCCUCGGUCUUCAAGCCCCGCAAUACGUACUCGGAGCGGCCUCCCACCUUGCGCCCAACAUGAUCAAUGGGUAUGCAUCGUUUCCCAAUGAGCCUGGCUUGCCCAAGGAGAUCGGUGAGGUGAGAAACGUCUUCGGGAAGAAGAGUGCAAAGGAGGAGGUUGCGAAGGGCGUUUGGAAGGUGUUGCAGGAGUUGGCGGAGAAGAGGGGUGUCAAUAUCAGUGAGACUGACGGGGAAGGGGAAGAUUAUGAGGAUGGCCACGUCACCCAGACUGAAUACACCCAGACAGCCGUUACACACCCGGUCCUCUACAUCGCCGUCUACUCCACCGACGACGCAACAUCAGAAAUCGACGACUACCACUGGACCUUCAUCGUCGGCCCCUCCCGCGAAGAAGCUGACUCCGAGGGGACGUUGUAUAACAUGGAGCCGCGCCAAGUCCCUGGUUACAGCCGUCAACAUGGCGGCGACUGGUGGUGGUUGUACAACCAGCCCACCGUGCCCCUCCGGGGCCAAUGUGACCUUCUCGCACGUCUCAUGAUUGCCGAAGUGGCGGACAUGAACAUGCUGCAGGCGAUCAUGCUACGUUGGGGUACAAUGAUUAGUAUGCGUGACCAUGUGGAGUGGAUGAGCGUCAUGUGGGUCAAAAACGUACUGAUGAGCUUAGAUGAGGAGGAAGGGUGCUUGGGAAGGAGGAUGGAGAGCUUCAGGGGUGUGGAGGCGGAGGGUAGGUGGCUUGCUGGAACAGAGAAGGAGAAGCGGAAGAGGUUCUGUCUGUUGGACACGAGGGUUAGCACACGCACUUUGUUCGAGAGGGAGAAGGCGACCGCCUUAUCUAGCACAGCCACUGUGGACAUCGCCAUCAAGUAUCCCGUCCUGUACAUCGCCGUCUACAGGAACGAUCGUCCACCCCGCGAAAACGACGAAUUCCACUGGACCUUCUUGAUCGGUCCGUCGACCGAGACGGCCGAGUCCGAAGGCGUUCGUUGCGCUCUGGAACUCCACCUCGAUUCAAACGGUCGGCCAACUUGGGAUUACAACCAGACCAUAGUUCCGCUUCGCGGCGAAGACGACCUCCUUGCGCGCAUGUUGAUUGCGGAGGUUGUGGAUCUAGGCCCGCUUGGGAAGGUCCUACGCGAUCACGACGCAACCCCGACGAUCGAACGCACGGAGUCCAUGGCGGGGGUUUCGGAAUGGAACAGUCUUGCAUGGGUCCGGGAAAAGUUGGGCACGUUGGAGAAGAGGCCGGAGUGUUUCGCGUACAAGUGCCACCAUUUCGGCAUGUUCGAGCGGGUGGGUAGGGAACUCGCGGGAGGAUCGAAGCAGCAGCGGAAGAAUGGGGUGACGCCGUUGGGCGUUGAAGUCAGGACGCUUUGUUUGGUGAAUGGCUGGGGAAAGCCAGACGAUGACGAGACUAAGGUCGAUAUUCAAUUCGACCUCGCACGUGGAGAAUCCACUACGAUAUCGAGGGCCAUUCAGAUUGUCACGGGUGUCUUGGGUGCGGCUGCGUUGGCGAUGCCUCGACGGGUCGCUGAAAGAGAGCAGCGAGAAUUAAAGGGUAAGCAGGAGAGAGAGGCGCGUGCUAAGCAUGGAGGAAAUGAAGAUGCCACUAGUUUGGCUGAACCGACGAAGCUUCAGCGUGUGAAUGAGGAGGACGAAGAGGAUACGGACGAAGAGGAUACGGGUGAAGAGGAUACGGAUGAAGACGGGGAAGUUAGGGUCAAAACCAUCACAACUAUCACGUUUGCUGAGCCGAAUAAGCCCAAGAAUGCGCCUGGGGGCAAGCAAGUAGCGAAGGAGGAUGAGACCGAGAGUGAAGACGAAGACCAGACCGAGAGUAAAGACGAAGAUAAGACCGAGAGUGAAGACGAAGAGGACGACGAUGAAGAUGACGACAAUGAGGCUGCAAACAAGGCGAAUGGCUCUGCAGAGGAGGACACCGGAAAGGAAAGGAUGAAUGCAAGGCCGGAGGGUAUUCGGGGUACAAGUACCCACAUUGCGGAAUCGAACAAGCCUGGGGGAGCGCCCGGGAGGGAAAGGGUUGCAGAGGAAGAUGAGGAGGACGAAGAUGAGACGGAGAGCGAAGAGGAUGACGAUGACGAUGGAGACGAGGAACAAGAUGAUGGCGAUGAUGGCGAUGGGGAUGACGAGGACGAGACCACUGAUGAAGAUGACGAUGAUGAAGGGGAUGACGAGGACGACGACGAGGAAGAAGAAGAGGACGGGGUGGCUGAGAAGUAUAGCAGGGUCCAGACCACCGUGGGGAACAUUUCAACAAUCACCUUAUCUCGAUGA